AUGAAUGCCAAGAUGAUUUGCCGAAGAAACAAGCUAACAGGAAGACGUGUCGUUUAUAUUGACGAUUAUAAGCGUAUUGAUGUUGAGUCAAAAAAUCCUGACAAGAUACUCAAUGAUAUGCUCAAGGCGGUUAAACGCCAACCUAUAUUGGUAAAACUAUGUAUCCCUGCGGAGGAUGUGAAAAAUUUCAAAGGAUACAAAGGGAGAGAUGGUGUUUAUAAGGGGUUUUCUACGAAGGUGAUCAGCGAUAAAAAGCCAGCAACUCAUGGAAUGCUGAUAGUAGGGUAUGGUCAAUCUUCUGAUGGAGUGCCUUAUUGGAUUCUCAAAAACUCGUGGGGAACAGAUUGGGGAAUUGAUGGUUAUAUGUACUUUCUAAGAAGUUCCGGCAAAGGAUUGUACGGAAUCAACACUUAUGCUCUCUAUCCCACUAUCUAG